AUGAAAAGAAGCUCCUACGAAAGCGACAGUGAAAGUGAUGACGAGGGUCAUCAUCAUGCAAUUGUGUCAUCAUCUUCUCAUCAUCAAGACAUGAGCGAUGAUGAUAUUGAAACCAAUAAUUCCUCCUCAUUUUCUCCUCAACAAAAAAGAAACAAAUUAUUUUCCAGGUCAUCAUCGGGAACUAGAGAUGUUAAAAUUAUUUCGGUGCUCCCUGAUGACUUUAAGAGUAAAAUUCCAUUCAUUGAUCCACAACAGCAAUUUCUAAACAACAGUUCAAGUGGAUUUUCUUUGGAAGGAAAGAGUCGGUUUGAAUUUUACUUUAUGGAUGCCACUGAAAUGGAAGGAAGAAUUGUGUUGUUUGGUAAAGUAGAGACGAUACCAAAUAACUUUGUCAGUUGUUGUGUGAGAUUGGAACAAGUACAAAAAACAAUUUACUUCCUUCCACGAGAACCUAUUGAUAUGAAUAAUGUGACUUCAGACCUUGAAACCAAGAUUCACGAAGAACUGUGUGAAGUGUUAAAGAUAUCUGGUGACAAGUUUGGAUUCAAAUUUAAAGAGAGAAAGUACAUUUUUGAAGAUCCUGAGGUGCCAUACAAUAAGAGUUUGGCGAUGGUCAAAGUUGUAAUUUGGAACAUUAAGAAUUUCAAGUCGCAUCUUCAAGAAUUUAGAGGAUCCAAGAUGUUUAGUAAGGUUUUCCAUGCAUCGACAGGUGGUUUGGAAGAAUUUAUUUUGAAGAGGAAGUUAAUGGGUCCUUCAUGGCUGACCAUUGAUAAUUUCACCGUCAAGACCUCAGGACAACUAAGUUGGUGCAAGCAUGAAGUCACCAUCAAUGAGGCCUCUCAUGUGAAAGUCAGUGCAAAUUCUGACAGAGUUCCACCACCUAUUGUUCUCAUGUCCCUUAAAGUCAAAACAGUUUUCAAUGAGGAGAAGAAUUCUAAUGAGAUAGCGGCAGUGUGUGGUAUUUUACAAGAAUAUUCCUUCUCAGGACAAUCAAGUGGCAGGAAGAAAUUCAUCAUUGCUCGUAAAAUUGAUGACUCAUCCGUAGACUCAGACAACGUCUUGCUCGAACUCAAUGAAACCUCUCUCAUCAACCGCGUCUUUGCUCAAAUUCAACAAUACGAUCCAGACAUGUUCAUUGGACAUAGUUUCUUGAGUUUUGAACUUGACAUUUUAUUGCAACGAUGGAAAUCAUUGAGAGGAACAGAAGGAAGUUUGUGGUCUCGUUUGGGUAGACUCCGGUUAUCUGUUUUUCCCAUGCUUCAACAUGCACCAGGUGGUAUGAAUGAAUCUACCAAGUCAGAAAAAGACGUGUUAAUUGGAAGAAUUAUUUGUGACACAUAUAUUGCCGUUAAGGAAUAUUUGAGAGAAAAGUCAUACUCUUUGGAGGAUUUAAGAAUUUCCCAAUUGGGUGAGACACCAUUGGAUAAGGAGAUUCGUAAUCCUCUCUAUGAUGGUAAUGUAGCAGUAACCUCCAAAUAUUUCUCUAGUCCUGAAGGUCUCAAUAACUUUUGUGCCUUUGUUGAACACGAUGCUCAAGUUUCAAUGGACUUGGUUGAAAAAUUAAGUUUAAUCCCUCUCUCUAAAGAGUUGACCAAUGCUGCAGGAAAUUUGUGGAAUCGAACAUUAAUAGGAUCAAGAAGUGAGCGUAUUGAAUAUUUGCUUCUUCACGAAUUCCACAAACAAAAGUAUAUUUUGCCAGACAAGUCAAGAGCUUUUGGACAAAAAUCGAGAGGAAAAAGAGCCAAGUAUUCGGGAGGUCUUGUUCUCGAUCCAAAAUCUGGUUUCCAUCAUAAUUAUGUUCUCCUGCUCGAUUUCAACUCUCUGUAUCCAUCCAUUAUUCUUGAAAAGAAUAUUUGCUUUUCCAAUUUCCUCUAUUCGGACGAAGAGAAGGAAGCUCACAAGAACGACAAGACUGUCCUUCCUCAAGUCAUUCAGAGUUUGUUGUCACGAAGAAAGCAAGCACAACGACAAAUGGAACAAGCCAAUGGGGUUCAGAAAUGGCAGCUCGACAUGAGACAACGUGCCUUGAAACUCACAGCUAACUCUACCUAUGGUUGUUUGGGAUUUGUAUUCAGUAGAUUCUAUUGCAAACCAAUGGCUGAGGCCAUCACUACUGAAGGAAGAAAUAUUUUAACACAAACCAAACAAUUGAUUGAGAACACUCUGAGAUAUAGUGUGAUUUAUGGCGAUACAGACUCUGUGAUGAUUGCAUCAGACACAACAAAUUAUGAUGAUGCAUUGGCUAAGGGUGAAGAAAUUAAAAAGCAAAUCAACGACUCAUUCAGAAAAGGAAAGGGUAAGCUCGAAAUUGAUAUUGAUGGAUUAUUCAGAAGAAUGCUCUUGUUGAGAAAGAAGAAAUACGGAGCAAUUAUUCACAGCAAGAAUAAGGAUGGUAAAAUUAUUCAAAAACUCGAGCUCAAAGGUUUGGACAUGGUCAGAAGAGAUUGGUGUGACUUGUCCCGUAAUGUCUCUCAAUACAUUGUGGAUCAAAUUUUAAGACCAAAUGAACCUGCUGACUCUCAAAAUCAACCAACUCCAGAAGAAAUUGUUGCCAAUAUUCAUACUCAUUUGAGAGAAAUUGCAGAUGACGUGAGAAAUAACAGAGUUCCUCUUGAUCAAUAUAUUUUAACAAAGGCCCUAACAAAAGAGCCUGAACAAUAUACUGAUGCUAUCAAUCAUCCUCAUGUUCAAGUCGCAUUAGAAAUGAGAAGAAAUGGACAAGCUGUCAGACUUCAUCAACGUAUUCCAUAUGUCAUUACUGUAAAGAAAGAUGGAUCAUCGUCCUCAAAAGUUGCUGAAAGAGCAGUUCUUCCAGAUGUCUUUAUAGAAGAACAAAAGAAGGGUACCAUGGAUAUUGACUAUGAGUGGUAUUUGGCACAACAAGUUUUUCCACCUGUUUCUCGUCUUUGUGAAUAUUUGCAACAAACAGAUAAUGCCAUGUUAGCAGAAUGCCUAGGAUUGGAAAAGAAGUAUUACAGAGUUUCUAGUACUGGGGAUGACGACAAUAUGGAUGAAUACAAGAUACUUUCAAAACAAGAUGAAGAUAAUGAAACAGAAUUUGAUGGUAUCGAUUUGCCUCAAUCCUAUGUAUGUGAUGCUUGCUCCAACACAGUCAAGAUGGAUUUAGUCGAAACUUUACGAAACACGAUACAAAGUCAUUCGAAUAUGGAUAUUAGUUUACAAACCAUUAAUUUAUUGAAUUGUCCUCAUUGCCAAGCUAAACUCUCCACAAGCAAGUUGAUCAAUACGACACAACUCAAUAUUCGAAAAUUGCAGAGAACAUACUAUGCCAACGAAUUGAAACCUUCAGCCAGUAAUUAUAGAGCCAACAUUUCUGAUGCAAGCACUCAUGUAGUUUCAAUGCAACCUGGUGGUUAUGGUGUCUUUAACGGUGCUGUGGUUUCGGUGAAGCAAUCCUUUUCCUCACAAGAUUUGCAAAUCCGAUUGCGAUAUUUGGCUCGAAUGUUUGACUGGAAUGGAAGUGUGAAGGCUACAUUUAAGAAAAUUGAAAAGGAACAAUAUUCUUCGUUGGAGAAAUUGAAGGCAGUUGUACAGGAAAUGCAAAAAGCGGAUAUUGAAGAAUUGAAUAAGAUACAUGCUCAUGUUAAGAAAUAUCUCCAACGAAAUGCCAGACAAAUAGUGAAUCUUGAUGAUUUGUUCCAAUUGUACAAUCGUGACGUCAAUUCCACCCUUGUGUAA